AGGCAACCAUCAAAAACUAUCCAAUCCAACCAAAUACCCUAAAAUAACCAAGCCAGUUUUUCGUCACGGCAUAAUCAAUCAAAGUCAGCGACUUUGACUACUGUGGAAUAAAGUUUUGGCCGAAAACACCUGAAUUUCUAUUCUACAGAAACUCUAAGGGCUAUCAAUAAGAUCUUGGAAGUUUAUUGCUGCAGCUGUGCCAAUUUAAAUAUGUGAUUGUUAUAUAGGUUAUAUACCUCUUGAAUCACUAUAUGAAUACAAACUACAUAAUAAGCAAAAAGAUUUUUUGCUGAUAAUAACCUAUCAACAUGGGAGUUCCUAAGUUCUUCAGGUAUACUAGUGAGAGGUAUCCCUGCCUCAAUGAGCUUGUCAAACAAUAUCAGAUACCAGACUUUGACAACAUGUACCUCGACAUGAAUGGUAUCAUCCACAACUGCUCACAUCCGGACGACUCCAACCCUCACUUCCGUAUAACGGAAGAGAAAAUCUUCCAAGACAUCUUCCAUUAUUUGGGCAUACUGUUCCAAAUCAUUAAGCCGAAGAAACUAUUUUUUAUGGCUAUUGAUGGUGUCGCUCCAAGAGCUAAGAUGAACCAGCAAAGAGGCAGGAGAUUCAGAUCUGCCAGGGAAGCAGAGAAAUUAGAAGAAGAAGCAAAGUCUAAGGGUGAGGUCCUACCCACGGAAAAGCGGUUCGACAGUAACUGUAUUACGCCAGGGACUGUGUUCAUGGCGCGUCUGCACGAGCAGCUUAAGUACUUUGUGAAGCAUAAGAUGUCCACCGAUCCUCUGUGGACAAAAGUGAAAGUUAUUUUGUCAGGGCAUGAGACCCCAGGUGAAGGCGAGCACAAAAUCAUGGACUACAUCAGAUGGUCGCGCUCGCAGCCCGACUACGACCCGAACACCCGUCACUGCCUGUACGGGCUCGACGCCGACCUCAUCAUGCUGGGCAUGUGCACCCACGAGCCGCACUUCGCACUGCUCAGGGAAGAGGUAAAAUUCGGAAAAACUACCCAACGUGCGACCAGCCCUGAAGAAACCAACUUCUACUUACUCCAUCUAUCAUUACUAAGAGAAUACUUAGAACAAGAGUUCAUAGAAAUAAAAGAUAAACUACCAUUCCCCUACGACAUAGAGAAAAUUGUCGACGACUGGGUGCUCAUGGGGUUUUUGGUGGGGAACGAUUUUAUUCCCAACUUGCCUAAUAUGCAUAUAAGUAAUGAUGCCUUGCCGGUGCUAUAUAAGACUUAUAUGACGGUUUUGCCUACUUUAGAUGGUUACAUAAAUGAGGCGGGUGACUUAAACUUGGCCAGGUUCGAAGCCUUCAUGCAAGAAUUAGCCAAGAUCGACAAAGAAAAGUUCCAAGACACGUACGCUGAUCUCAAGUACUUCGAGGGAAAAACCGGCAGGCGGCCCAACGCUAAUGAGAGGAGAGAGUACAAACCUAACAAUGACGACACGUUCAAUGUGAAUGUGGAUGACAUAAAGGCGAAUGCGCCCGACGACGCUUUGCAGGCGUUGAUCAACCGUACUCAAGAAAUGUAUUUUGAUGACGUUGACAAUGAAGAAGACGAAGAAUACGAAGAAACUAGUGAUGAGGAAGCCACUUUCGAGAUGGAAUUCAAGCUUCACAAGAAGGAUUAUUAUAUGAAUAAGUUAGAUUAUUCAGCUGUAACUGCAGAAGUAUUAGCGGACCAAGCGGAAGGCUACGUGCGAGCGAUCCAAUGGAAUUUAUUCUACUACUACAAAGGCUGCCCGUCCUGGUGUUGGUACUACCCGCACCAUUACGCGCCGUAUAUAUCAGAUAUAAAGGGCUUCAAGGAUCUGAAGAUCGAGUUCGAGUUGGGGGAGCCUUUCAAGCCUUUUGAGCAGCUUCUAGCCGUAUUGCCAUCAGCCAGUAAACACCUCCUACCUGCACCGUUCCAUGACCUGAUGACGGAUGAGGAUUCCCCCAUAGUCCACUAUUAUCCCAUCAACUUCGAGACAGAUCUCAACGGCAAGAGGAACGAUUGGGAGGCGGUAGUGCUUAUACCCUUUAUAGAUGAGGUAAAUCUUUUGUCAGCCAUGACACCAUGCUACCAAAGACUGACUGAGGAGGAGUUGAAUAGAAAUACUCAUGGGCCAAUGCUUGUCUAUAACUGGACCAAAGAAAGUUUAGGUACCGUAGAAGCCCCAGAAUACUUCCCAGCUAUUCAAGACUGCCAUGCCGUAGAGAAGAAAGUGUACCGCAAGGAACUAGACGUGCCAGAGCACGUGCUGAAGAGAGGCAUGCUGCCGAACGCCAAGCGGGACAUGAUGUAUCCCGGCUUCCCCACCAUGAGGCACUUGAAGUACAAGACGACCCUGAAGAAAUGUAAGGUGAAGGUAUUCGACCAGCCGUCCCGCAACGAAAACAUGAUGGUGGAACUGAUCAGGGAGUCCAACACUGAGCCGCAGUUGGAGAAAAUCGCCCAGGACUUCUUAGGAAAGGUCAUCUGGGUGGGGUGGCCUCAUCUUACUAAGGCUAAGGUAAUUUCGGUGUCAAACGAGAAGACGCGGCUCCACCACGUCGACCAUCAGAACAACAACGUGAACGGCACGCCGAGCUACACCACCGAGUCCAACUUCGGAAACUUGCAUAAGCAGUGGAUAUCGGAACGUUCUACGAUCAUAGAACAUAAUCAGAACCGACUAGGAAUUGAACUGGGCAAUGUAAAUGUUAUAAUUCACGCUGUUAAUUUAAAAGGCUACAAAUACUUAAUCCAAGACAACACCCAAAUGGUAUUCGAGCCGGAAUGGUGCUCCGUAGCAUGCGGUUAUGCGUACCAAGCCGUGGUCCGGGACGUGUCCGAACAUGUCAUUCAGGAGGCCGGCAAGUUCUCGACGCCGCAGGAGGCCUAUCCAGUGGGCUCAAACGUGUUUCUGCUCACGCAGGGGCAGUACUACGGGUGCAUGGCCACGGUGGUAGAUUCAGAGGCAGUCCGCAGCGGGCGCAUCAAGGUGCAAGUGACGGAGCAGACCGAGCCCACGCCGGUCGCUCACGCCAACAUCUGCCCAUACCGCAGCGCCAACCACGCCGCCGCCUCCUGUGGAAUAUCACCUCAAUUCCUUUCGAGAAUAACGGGGACCGUGCUGGUGGUGUCUGGCCAAAGAAACACUCUGCCUACCGAAACACAGAACAAAGUCAACGUCGGGCUCAAUUUAAAGUUCAACAAGAAGAACCAAGAAGUGUCUGGCUACACUCGCCGCUGCCCCGUCUCCAACACGUGGCUGUACUCCCAGCGCUGCAUCGACCUGGUCAAGAGUUACGAGCAACAGUUCCCUGAGCUGUUCGACAAGCUAGCCGAGUCCAUGUAUAAUGAUAUCUUCUUUGAGAGCGACAUCUGGCCGAACGAAGUGGGAGAGAAGAAGCCACAAGAAGUCCAAGCGUGGCUGAAGGCCCAGCCCCACUCGAGCGCCGCGCGGCGUGAGUGCGGCUCAGAUGCUCUCGAACCCGAAGAGAUGAAGGCACUCUUCAACUCUUUAGACAAGCAACUGCACGAACUCAAAGGCAAUGAGAAGACGGUCACGCUUCAUGUGAAAUGGAACCUUCUGUAUAAGCCGGAACUCCACGAAGGAAACGUCCAGCCGGACCCCAAAGCGGACUUCAAAAUGUACGACCGCGUGGUCUGCGUGGCUCGCAGCAUCACGGCUCCGUUCGGAGCCAAGGGCACCAUCACCGCGGUGUACCAACCACCGCAGUCUAAUACCGUGCGAUUGGCUGACAAGUUGAACGCUGAGCCAACGUACCAAGUCAUGUUUGAUGAGCCUUUCCCGGGUGCCUCGCCUGAAGAGCUGUUUGAUGAGCAUAGGUUCUAUAGGAUGUUACCAACAAACAUGCUGAAUAUAUCGUACGGGCGUAAACUGAGGAACGCUGUGACAGUCGCCGGCGCCCAAGAGACGCAGAGCACGAACAAGACGCCCAAUCUGCUGCGGAGAGAUGACGGACACAACUCCGCGUUCGCUAGCUAUAGUCCAACAAGAGAUCAGAAGACUCCAGUAAGUGAAACCCGAAACAAUACCGCAAGUGCUUCCACGGAUAAUCCACAAGACAAUGCUACACAGCUUCUAAGGAGUCUCCUCAACAUUAGUCAAGGAGAAGCAGAUUCUAAUAAAAAAUCUGGCAAGAACGCACGAGAUCAAAAUCAAAGUUGGCGAUCGAAAAACGACAAUCAGCAACAACAACAACAGCAACCAAACAGCCAAACUAGCGAAUUUUGGAAAUUAUUUACCAGGUCUCAACAACAGCAGCCGCCUCAGCCUCAAAACUGGCGCAAAGAGCAGAACGGCACAUUCAACAGGGCGCCACCGCCGCAAGUGUAUCAGGAGUGGACUAACAGGUCUUUCAAGAACCAACCACCAGUGCCUCCGUAUCCGACGUUCGGGCAGCCCUUCCAAGGGCCGGGUCCGAACCAGAUCCCGUUCCCCGCAUUCAACAACGCGCACUUCCAACGCAAUCACAACGCGAUGCGACAGCAUCCGCAGAACCAGCCGCACCCGCAGAACCAGCAUCCGCAUCCGCAGCAGCAGAAUCAGCAUCCGCAUCCGCAGUUCCCGCAACAUCUGCCCAGCAUCGCUGGAGUGGCGUUAGCGCCCAGUUGGAACAAGAAUCCACCACAGAACCAAGUGCAGUCGGCGCCCACGCAUAAUGCCCCGCACAACACCGAAAAACCUAACCCGUUUGUACCGCUGCAAGUACAGACCAGCCAACGGCGAGUGCACAACCCCCCCGGGCCGCCGCGGCGCGGCGCCGAGGGCUUGCCGGCGCCGCAGCCCGUGCCCGUGCAGGGACACUCAUCCUCACACUCGACGUUCAGACAGCAAGACGACUCGUCCAAGCGACCGCAAAGAAAGAAAAAGCCGAGAGUUGCCGCCAACCUUCCCUUUCAAAUGGAUUAAUAUAAAUAUUAUAAUGUUGCCAAUCGUGUACAUAGUUAAUGAAUCAGAAUCAAUGUUAACAGUUAAUGUAUAAGUCAUCAACUGAGCCAGCUAUCUCAAUAGGGUGACUCCUCUAGUUAUGGGCCACUCAUUAGUAAUAGGCCACUCUUAACAGUAAGACUUCUUUUGACUUGCUUCUUUUUGAUUUGUUAAAAGUUACCAAUUAUUAUGAAGGGGUCAAUAACGGUAGCAGUCACUCUGGAAGACAAUAGACAUCUUUUCUUUUCAAAUUGAGCAAAUAAUCCACACAAAAUCUUUCCGUACAUGUAAGUAAACUCAGAAUGGUGUAAGAGCUGCUAUGAAUAAAGUUAUAGUACUAUUGUACAUAGUGUAUAUAUUUAUAUGAAUGACUAUGUAUAUGUUGCAGUGGUACGUAAGAUAACAAUUUUGUUGUAACUUUAAACGUAUGGUAGAUGAUGUCCAUUAAAAUGAUGGACCAAAAAUGGACUUUAAUUACUUGUAAUAAGAUCUAAAUUUGUUAGUUCUCAUCACUUUCUACAGUUUUAGUACAUACUGUUAUCGCGAUCUUGACGAAUAAAACAAGAUAUUUGACAAAACGUGCAAAAAUUAAAUCAAUUGCAGCAAUAUCGUGCUAUGAUAAAUUAUUUUCUUACUUCUUAACCUUAGGCGACUGAGCUUUAAUACAUGUUCAUAUAUUUUUGUUAUUUUAUAUCAUUCGUGUUUUAACUAAGACGCCUAAAACGUAGGAGAAUUUACAAAUGUGUUGUGAUAAUACAUUUUUUACAAGUUCAAGGCUCUGUGUAAUUCAAACAUUGUUUAUAGUAAACCUUACAGCAAAUCAUACUUUUGUGUUACAGUUUCGGUCGUAAAUAUGUGUACAUUUUAUGCAUGUACAUAUGUUUAUUACCGUAAAGUGUGCUUUAGCGUUAUUGUGGCAACUGAACCACAUAUUCGUCUGCCUCAUAAUAAUAAAUGUGAGAAAAAGUAAAACUGAAGAAUAUAGAAUGACCAUUAACCGCACGAUCCAAGUUUUGGACGAAAGCAGGAACGAGGUCACAUUGGUCACGCUUACAAUAAUAAAAUAACGUAGUUUUGAUUAUUGAGUUAUUAUUACACUAAUUUUAAUAUUAAUCACCCUAGUCAAAUUUAAUUAAUAAUAUGUUAAUAAAUAUUUCUACUUAAUGUUAAAUGAUAACGAUUCAUAAAAAUAGCAAAAAUUAUAAAUAUAGCAAAUAAAUCUGGUAUCGUGCGGUUGUGGGUUAAGGAAGUAUUUAAAGUAUUCUUUAUUUUUAUAAAAUUUAUGUUAUUGAUAGUUAUUUCUAUUGAAGUACAAAACACGAUAAUAAUUUAUGCUCAAUUUCUUGAGUGUGUUAAAUGUUGUGUAUAAAUGUAAUAUUCUGUCUGACAAGUUUAAACUUCAUCAGUGUACUCCCAUCGCUCUGAAAUGAAAUCUCAAUGUUAUCAAUACCUACUAACUGUUUCAUUGACUGUUUUCUUUAAAAAAAUCUUAAAAGAAAAGACAGCAUAAUAAAUGUGGAAUUCUGAA